AUGUGUAUGUUCCUUGCCAAAUGUUUUUCUACUUUUCCUGGGCUGUGUUGGCUUGCCCUUACAAUGUAUCAAGUGGAUCAUCCAAGUUAUGACGAUAGAUUGAGAUACUUCAGUAUAGUGUUCGAGUCAUUGCUCUCUUUCCAAACGGAGGAAUCAAGAAACAAGUCAAAGAAACAGAAGUCUGCUAUUGAUCUUCCCAAAGCCCCGAAAGAAGUGGAGGGCCCUAAGGUUUCUGAGCUAAAGGCUAAGGCAGAAGCUGAGCAGCAUGCUGUCUGUCGAAUGAGGAUGUGUCUCCGAGAUAUCUGUAACCGCAUUUUGUACUACAAAAGGUUCAAUGUAUUUCACUUCCCUGUAUCAGAAGAGGAGGUGCCUGACUAUCGAUCAAUAAUCCACAAGCCCAUGGAUAUGGCUACUGUCUUGCAGCGGGUGGACUCUGGACAGUACCUUACCAGUGCAGCAUUUAUGAAGGAUAUUGAUCUCAUUGUCUCAAAUGCAAAGACUUACAAUGGGGAUGACUACAAUGGAUCUAGGAUCGUCAGUAGAGCAUGUGAACUCAGAGAUGUGGUAUCUUGUUUGUUCUCACUUUCUCCUAUAUUGGGUUCUCGACAAUGCCUCUACAGAUUAUCAUUCUUAUGUCUAAUGAACCUCUUUUUGGCCAGGUCCAAGGGGGGCCCACAGCAGGUUGUGGAUGAUGAAGAUAACUCUAUUCUUCAAGCAGCGCCUGUUGCUCAGCUGGUUUCUGGUACUAGAUUAAGUGCAAGGCUUCGCAAUGUACAGCCAGAAGUAAACGUGUCACAAAGUUAUGAAGUGCUAAAGCGGCAAAAGAAAAGUGCUGAAAAUGAGCACAGCAUGACCAAAGAUGUGGUAGCUAGAGAUGGAAAGUCUCCGGAAGAUGUAGAUUUGUCAAAACCAACUGACCCAGAAGAAGCUGCAAAAGAACCAGAGUCAAAUGGCACAACUAAAGAAGCCAACGAUUCACCAGCCGAAGAACCAGAAGUACCUACUUCUCCUGAACCCAUGGAGUCUGACAACGCAAUUUCUCAUGCUUUCCCCCUUCUAAAAUUUCUUUCACUAAGCCACUUGCCUAUUGCCGGCAAAAAGGUUAACGGGGCUGCUGUAUCACGCCAAGCUUUAGGAUUUUACCUAACUAGUGACAGCUAA